ACGAAAAUACAGUAUUUGUAUUGGAUACACGUUUCCACCUAAAUGUGUAGGUUAAAGUUCUUCACUGAAAUCCAUAGAUGGCGGUAAAGAGUCGCUUGCGAAACACCAAAGGGCGAGUAGAAGGCGAGUGGGGGCAGGAAGGUUUUGACUUGAAUGUGUGUUCUGCAUUAUUUACGCAAAGAAGAAGAACCCUGUCAGGAAGGAAACAGAAGAGCGGUAGCGGAAAUCCUCUUAGUGCUGAUGCAUCCUUUCAACUGACCAAAACAUGGAAAGCCCAGAGUUGACGUUUACUUUAGCAUACACAGUUUGCUCCCUGUGCUUCGUCUUUACGCCCAAUGAGUUUCGUUCGGCCGGGUUGACCAUCCAAAACCUCUUUUCGUCUUGGUUGGGAAGCGAAGAGAUGGAUUUCGUACAGUACCACGUCAAGAGGAGUAGCACUACCCUACUUGUCCACUCCGCACUUCCACUCGGUUACUACAUGGGGAUGUGUAUCGCUGCUCCGGAAAAACAUCUGAAAUACGUUCACCAGAUGAGUGACAACUGGAAGGUGUUUGUUGUCCUCUCUGUGUGCGUACUGUUGGCCAGCUGCAUACUCAUCUUCUACUGGUCCUGCCAAGGCUGGUGCAACCAUCCCAUCAGCAGAGCUCUGCAGGCCCAUGUACAUCCUCCUUACUCAAACUGGGGCUCAGUGGCCAGCAGCAUCAACACAGAGUUCAGACGCAUAGACAAGUUUGCUACAGGGGCACCUGGGGCCAGAGUUAUUGUCACUGACAGCUGGGUGUUGAAGGUGACCACCUACAACAUCUACAUGGCUGCGCAGAGCGACUGUCAUGUGACUGUGACGGAGUCUCGGCAGCACCAGCUGAGUCCUGACUCAACCUCUCCCAUCCAGGUGCUCACCCUGAGAGUGCACAGCAUCAACCAUGCUGUGAGACCAUUUGAUAUUAGGUUGAACUCGACAGAAUAUGCCGAGCUCAGGGAGAAGCUCCAUGCACCCAUCAGGAACUCUGCUAAUGUUGUGAUACACCAAACAAUUAGUGAACUUUUUCUUGAAACAUUCCAAGCCCAUGUGGACCUCAACCAGCCUUACUCGCUCCCCACUGGACAGGAGGUGGAGCCGUGUAUUGGCUGUAUGCAAGUGCCAGCAAGCACCAAGCUGGUCAGACUCUGUCAUGUUGAUGGAGCUGACGGUGAGCCAGAGUGUGAGCAGUGUUUCUGCAGACCCAUGUGGUGUUUGUCCUGUCUGGGCCGAUGGUUCGCCAGCCGACAAGACCAGCAGAGACCCGAGACCUGGUUGUCCAGCCGAGUCCCCUGCCCCACCUGUCGAGCCAAAUUUUGUAUACUGGAUGUUUGUUUGGUACACUGACGCACACGCACACCCAAGUCCCACUUAUGGCAUCUCCUCGAGAAGAUGAAUUGAUGCUAACCUGAACAUGCUGUAUGCUUCCUUAUUCUGUUCGCUCCGUAAAGAGAAUAGCGAUUCCUAACUUUUUCACUGAACGCUUGUUAGGUGACAAUUGGAGCGAUGUGAUAAUGACAGAGUCAUUAAAGACUUGGUUGGGAAAUGUCAUGCAGACAAAUGUUGAAGGGAUAUGGCAAUACAAUCGAUGUCAGCAAUGUUUUAUAGUGCGUACUUGCUCAACUGGCUUUAAAGCAGACAGAAAGUAAAAGUGGUAGCCUUCCAAAAAGAAAUUAUUGUCCGCAAGUAUAAGGUGCACCUUCACUGACUGGCGUAUUUUAAAAUUACUGUCAUAUUGAGGGCGCACCGCAUUAUAAGGCGCAUAGAAUGGAAGCUACAAUAGUGGCUGCGGUUGUGUUGUGCAUCUACUAGGUGGACCUACUUUAAAGAGCUUUCAAAACCGCUGCAGCUACAACAAAGCACUUGACAGAACAUUUGAAAUACUACUUCCAAGAAAUCCAAAUAUUGAUCCAUAUAUAAGGCACAUCGGAUUAUAAAAUGCACUCUUGGCUUUUGAGAAAAUGAAAUGCUUUUAGGUGUGCCUUAUCGUGCGGAAAAUACGGUCAUACUUGUACUGUGGAGCUUCAAAAGUCAACCACUGCUCAAGUUGUACGGGCCAACCAACCGUUUACGCGAACAUACUGGAUGCCUUUGAAGUCAAACGUUCUGUGAGAGUUCAGAAACCCACAAGAGUCCCCAAAUUCUCAAAUUCUUCAUGAGUUUGCUUUAACUAUCAUGAUUUUUUUUCUUAAGAGAACGCGUUACUUUCAGAAAGUAAGCACUGUGUUUGACCUUAGACUACAGUAUAGUAUGCAUUGACCGAAUACAUUUUAUGCACUUUAGUACAGCAGUGACAGUAUCCACACUAAUUAUUUGCCAGCCGCCAUUUUUCACAACUUUGCAUCUUCAUUUCUUUUAAUGCUUUCAUACCACUAAAACUGCUGCUUCUGUCUCCUCAAACAUCAAUCAUCUCAACAUGCGAACCUCAGUGCCUUUGCAGCUUAACUCUAUCUACCUGUGCAUUUUAUUCUUUUACAAAGCCUGCAGUUCUUUUCCCCUGUGAACGCUUUGAUCUGAGACAAAGUCAAAUCUGUAGUUUGGUUACAACCAACAUCCGAUAUAUCCUCAUCUCUUUGAGAGCAUAACUGAGGUACGAUGUUUGCUAGUUACAUUUGCAAGAGACGUUUUAUGAGCAGUUGGGAAUUACUGGGAUUUUGAAUUACGGUAGUAAGAAAUUGUGACAAUGCAAUCAGUCUUCUAAAAUGCCACACAAGCAAUUGUGUUUUCUUUGAAUUUUGUUUUUUGUGAGAUACAUACCGUGUAAACAUUUAUGUUGUAUGGUCGAACAAGUUAACCCUCAUUCAAUUCUUGGCCUGAAAUGAAUUUUUUAAUACAUAAAAGAUCAUCAGAAUGUG